AUGAAGAAGAUGAUGAAUCCCGGAUUGAACUAUAGCAUCCAUUUGGUUGACAAGGAGACAACCGGAUUGUUUUGUAUUCGAGAUGAAAAAGAACUGAAUUUGCUGCGACGGCGGGCCACGGCUGCGUCGCCGAGGGGUCUGAGUUCCCUUUUAUUUUCCACAUCAACCUUUCCAUUCAAUCUACCGCAGUCUCAAACGGAGAAACCUCCUCCAGCUGAGCCCUCCACCAAUCUCUUCGUCUCCGGCCUCAGCAAACGUACAACCACUGAAGGUCUCAGAACCGCCUUUGAGAAGUUUGGUCAAGUGGUUGAUGCAAAAGUGGUAACUGAUCGUGCAUCUGGUUUUUCAAAGGGAUUUGGUUUUGUUAGAUAUGCAUCCUUAGAAGAUGCUGCUGCCGGAAUAGAGGGCAUGGAUGGCAAGUUUUUGGAUGGCUGGGUUAUCUUCGCUGAAUAUGCAAGACCAAGAAAUACUCUGCCGCCACCUCAAAAUUCGUUCCCCCGUGGUGUCAAUAACACACGUUUCCAGAGUUGAAGAAUCC